AUGCGCCCGGUGAUGAAGGAAGCCUAUGAAAAAGAUCACUCAGCCAUAACUUUAAAGCUAGAAUGGGAGGAAAUUAAAAGAGGACCAUUCUAUUGGAAGAUAAACAAUAGUCUGUUAAGAGAAGGGGAAUAUAUAGAGUUUAUAAAAGAAAAAUUUAAUGAUAGGUUACUAGAAGGUACAGAUAUGAAAGAUCCAAGAGCUAAGGGACGACUUCAAAAGAUCGAUGUCGGGGGGGACGACCAUGAAAUUAUCGACGGUUAUGGUAGUCGAAAAAUGUGUCCCGUCUUUGACGGAAUUUACGAUGCUGGUAGAAAAUAUAUGUUACUUUUUCAACUACGGUGCCUGAGAGAUGUCGACCUAAUGAAAGGUGAUAUGGAUUUACAUUUGAAUCACUGUAACACCUGGUUAAACCCAUGGCCUGGUCACGACGAACGAGACCUGCCACUAUCUUACUAUGUACGCUUCGGAAACACAGCAUUCUUAAUGUUGGAUACACGUUCAGAGCGAACACCCACACGUAUUUUGAGCGAUGAUUCAUGGACACGUGUCACCAAAUGUUUGGAUUCGAUCGAAGGCGUUGAACACAUGUUCAUAAUCGUAGGGGUACCGCCCAUUUUUCCUUCCAUGGACAUACCAUACACGGUAUUACGAAUUAUUCCAGGAGUACAGGAAUCCGAGGACGACUUGAUGGACCACUGGGGUGUGCUUGAUGACCGACAGAAAGAACGAGACUGGUUUUUCAGUAUAAUGGUAAAAUUCUCAGAAAAAAAGAAAACCAGGGUUUCAGUGUUGUCUGGUGAUGUUCACCUGGCGUGUUGGGGAAAACUACACACAGAGUCAGGGAUAGUGAUAAACAUGCCAACGUCGUCAGCUAUUGUUAAUAAACCACCCACGAAGAUUGCAGUACCCUACCUGUAUUUAGCGUCUUAUAAUAAGAGUGUUGAUAUACCUGGUGUUGGAAAAGCAGUUAUGAGUAUGCCACCAGUCGGUAAGGAGAAUAGCAAGUGUACCUUCCUUGUCACACAAAACUUUAUGACGUUUUCACCGGCGACAACUAACAAGGGUAAGCUAGCAUACAACAGUAGGCUUAUUGGAAAGCCAGACGACCUGUUUAUAUCUGGAAGUAUCGCAAAACCACGUGUAAUCACAAACUAUAUCGGACCGUUUGAAUUGGAAAAACCUACCCCCACGGCUAAAUGUUGUGUCAUUGUAUAA